AUAUUGCCUAAUAAUGGAGCUAAGAGUCAAACUAGACAACCUUAACUUUUGGAGAGCUAUUACUUGAAUAAAGUGGGAAGGAAUUAUGCCCAAAUUUCUACAAUAAUGAAAUACGGAGUAUGAAAAUAUUCUUGAAAUCCACCCGAUUGCAUUUGAAAUUAUUUUACCUCAAUUGGAAUUCAUCUUAUGAUUUUGAGAUUACAAACUUGUGUGGUUGUGCCUAAUUUUGCCUUUCUUUACCAUACCGGGCUUGUCCGGGGUUAAGCUAGAUUGGGUCUAUUCCGUGCCAGCUCGCACAUGUUCAAUCCAAUACACGUGCUGACGUUGCCUAAUUGGAGUGUGUUCAUUCUUUUCAAGCUUGACUGCUUAAGAAAUGAGAAAAAUACGAGGGAAAAGUAAAACUAACAUUUUCCAGUACGACGGCUUCGACCUCAACCACUCCUCUACACAUUUCACAAUGUACUAAUCUUUCAACUAUAUAACCUGUAACUAACUUCAUUUUCUCACAAAUUUCCCCUAAAAAAAAAUCAAAAAAAUAGCAAGAACAACAACAGAGAAAAAUCAAUUCAAUGUUCGAAUCAUCCUUAAAAAUGGAGAGAGCUUUGAUUCAACCUCUAGUCGCAGCAUUAGUGGCGGCAAUUAUCGCAAUUCGAUCUUACAGGAAGAAGUCUCUCGAUCUUUCUGGAGCUUUCUGCGGAUUCUUCGUCGUCUUCAUUCAUCUCGCUACUAAUUACAGGGCUGGAGUUUUGUUGUUAGUGUUUUUCUUUACUUCAUCUAAGUUGACCAAAGUAGGAGCUGAGAAGAAACGUAAAUCUGAAGCUGAUUACAAGGAAGGCGGUCAAAGGAACUGGAUACAGGUGCUUUUUAACAGUGCCAUUUCUACUGCUUUGGUUGUGACGAUCUGGAAGUUGGUAGGAUUGGAAGACAAGUGUUUGGAUACUAGAGAAUCUACUCUAAUCACAGCACUAUUGGGUGGCAUAAUUGGUCACUACUGUUGUUGCAAUGGAGAUACCUGGUCUUCAGAAAUCGGUGUACUUAGUAAUGCACAGCCUCGAUUAAUCACAACCUUAAAGGUAAUUCGCAAGGGUACAAAUGGUGGUGUUACAAGAACAGGGCUCCUGGCAGCUGCAGCUGGAGGCGCUGUGAUUGGACUUUCUUUCACUGUGUUCGGAUAUUUUACUAUCAACUGUCCUUCUGAUGUGGCUUUGAAACAACUUCUGGUUAUACCCCUUGCAACACUUGCUGGACUGUUUGGAAGUUUGUUAGACUCUUUAUUGGGUGCUACACUGCAAUUCAGCGGAUUUUGUACUGUUCGUAAUAAGGUUGUUGGAAAACCUGGACCAACUGUCAAGCGCAUAUCAGGUGUUGAUAUCCUCGACAACAAUGCUGUCAAUCUUGUCUCAGUACUGCUCACCACCUUGCUGACUUCUGUUGCCUGUGUGUACAUAUUCUGAGACCGAAAAAAUAGAGAAGGAUGCUUUUUGAGUAAUGUCAAUUUCCAAGAUUCAGCUAUACUACCUUCAAAUUUUGACAGCCUAUUCUCCGCUAUAAGAUGCUGAGUUGCUCUGUACACCCCAACAUGAAUUCAAUAACAAGCUUGAUGAUGAUGAAUUCAUGAGGACUUCACUGGUUUUGUAGACCGAACAUUGUAGUUCUUAGUCUUUUCAUUUUUAAACCUUUUGAAAUAAGUUCACAUGUACAUUUCUUUCGUUGGUCUUCUGUCCUUACUUUCUGGAAGACUGAAACGACUGAAGUUGUCUGUAAGAAAUAGUUCAUAUGUAGAAAAAUUUGUUGAAAACUGAUGUUAGAUAUGGCAAAGAAUUCAAUCUUGAA